AUGUCCCAGGUGGGCAGCAUGGAGGUUUUCAAACCGGAGAUGCUAACGUUCAACCUCUGGGACUACGGAGUAUUUGGUCUGAUGCUCCUGAUCUCCACGGGGAUCGGGCUUUUCUACGCCCUCUGCAAAGGCGGGCAGAAGACCAGCGACGACUUCUUCACGGGGGGGCGCCAGAUGUCGGCCGUGCCUGUGGGGCUCUCGCUCUCCGCCAGCUUCAUGUCGGCCAUCCAGGUGCUGGGUGUGCCCGCGGAGGCCUACCGCUAUGGCAUAAAGUUCCUGUGGAUGUGCCUGGGGCAGCUGCUCAACACCCUGCUGACUGCCUACCUCUUCCUGCCCGUCUUCUACCGCCUGGGGCUGACCAGCACCUACGAGUACCUGGAGCUGAGAUUCAGCAGGAAGGUUCGUCUGUGCGGGACCAUCCAGUACGUCAUUGCCACGAUGCUGUACACGGGGAUAGUCAUCUACGCCCCAGCGCUGAUCCUCAACCAAGUGACAGGGCUGGAUAUCUGGGCGUCUCUUCUCUCCACUGGAGCCAUCUGCACCUUCUACACCACCAUAGGUGGGAUGAAGGCCGUCAUCUGGACAGAUGUGUUCCAGGUGUUGGUGAUGCUCUCUGGAUUCAUCGCCAUCUUGAUCCAGGGGACGCUGCUGGUGGGCGGCCCCAGCGCAGCCCUGGAGAUCGCGUCCAACCACUCCAGGGUCAACCUGGCUGACUUCAACCCAGACCCCAGGAGCCGCUACACCUUCUGGACCUUCACCUUUGGGGGCACCCUGGUGUGGCUCUCCAUGUACGGCGUGAACCAGGCCCAGGUCCAGCGCUACGUGGCCUGCAAGACGGAGAAUGAGGCAAAACUUGCUCUGCUGGUCAAUCAAGUGGGCCUCUUCUUCAUCGUCUCCAGCGCGGUGGGCUGUGGCAUUGUGAUGUUUGUGCUCUACAAGGACUGCGAUCCCCUCCUGGCCGGAUACAUCUCUGCCCCCGACCAGUACAUGCCUUACAUGGUCCUGGAUAUCUUUGAGAAGUACCCGGGCGUGCCCGGUCUCUUCCUGGCUUGUGCAUACAGCGGGACCCUCAGCACGGCGUCCACCAGCAUCAACGCCAUGGCCGCCGUCACCGUGGAAGACCUGGUCAAGCCCAACAUGCCCUCCCUGUCGCCGCGGAAACUCACCCUCAUCUCCAAGGGACUCUCGUUAAUCUACGGCACCUCGUGCAUCACGGUGGCUGCCUUGUCUUCCCUGCUGGGAGGCGGUGUGCUGCAGGGUUCCUUCACCGUCAUGGGAGUGAUGAGCGGCCCUCUGCUUGGAGCCUUCAUCCUUGGGAUGUUCAUACCCGCCUGCAACACAGUCGGGGUUUUUGCAGGCUUGGGGGCUGGUUUUGUCCUCUCCUUCUGGGUGGCCGUGGGGGGCACUAUCUACCCACCCAGUGAGGACACCAUGGGAGUGCUGCCCUACUACGGAGACUUGUGCCCGCUCUACAAUGCUACCGAGGGGAUCAACAGCACCAUCGUCCUGGGACCCCUGCCUCCGCGGAACGUCUCUGUGCCCCUGGAGAGGCCGGCCAUUGCCGAUGACUUCUACGCCAUGUCCUACCUCUACUAUGGGGCUUUGGGGACGCUGUGCACCGUGGUGGUGGGGGUGCUGAUAAGUUACCUGACAGGUCCUACCAAGAGGAGCCAGAUGCCCCGGGGAGUGCUCUGGUGGGACAUUAUCAAGGAGACGUCUUUGCCAGAGGGCGGGAAAAACCCCUUUGAGGACAGUCUGACCAAGGACUCGGAGGACUCCCCGACUCUGCAGGAGAAGCCGUUCAGCUCCUCCACGUUCCUGCUGGCAGGGCUCACGGGCAGCGAGGAGGCCGACCGGGCGCUGCUGGCGAAGCAGGCGGAGGCGGGCGCCUCCUCGCAGUGCGACUCCGAGGAGUUCCUCUGGCUCUGCCACCCUGUCGACACCGGCUGCUGCCACCUGCUGCGAGAGACCAACGUCUAG